CAACGCCCCGUGAAUGGCUCGUCUUGCUCAGCACACAGGUCGGAGCAGUCGUAUACUGUACAGCAUGGUUUAGUGCCUGUCAAUGCAGCCGUCGUCAUGCUGCUCAUGGAUUAGAAGCUUCAGUAGUCAGAGCAUCAUGACAACCUGGCAGACUCCUCAUCAGGACACAAUGACCUCCUGGAUGUCAGUAUUAAAGCUGUUCACAGUGCUGCUGUGCUUCAUGGCCGCCACUGUGUUUUUGAAAAAACCCAAUUCAUUUUUGCACAUCUUCCAGCCAGCGGACGUAGACCUGUGUGGGAAACGUUUAUCAAAGGAUGACACGUGGUUCAUGAAGCGCUUCAAACAGUCUCAGGAGCUGUUUUUGUCAGAUCCCUUCAGUCUGUCUGAGGCUGCGUUCCACUGGUGGAAACUCAUACACAAAGACCAGUGCAGCCUUGCCACAUUCAGAGAUAAAGUGAACGCCCUGUUUCAGAUCUUUCCACCAAAUCCACAUGUAUUUGAACCCAGACCAGAACAAUGCAGGACAUGUGCUGUAGUGGGGAAUUCGAUUAAUCUAAAGGGGUCGCGCUACGGUCGUUUGAUAGAUCACCAUCAUGUCAUCAUAAGAAUCAACCACGGCCGUACAAAAGGUUACGAAGCCGAUGUUGGUAGAAGAACCACUCACCGCGUCAUGUAUCCAGAGAGUUCUGUGCAUUUGGAUGACACCACUCGCCUCAUCCUGUUCCCUUUCGAGUUGAAGGACCUUGAGUGGCUCAUCAGAGUCUUUACUACGAGAUUUCCUGGACCAAAAUACAACUCAGUAAAAACAGACAUCACUGGCAACAUCAAUUUGGUAACGGUGCUGAACCCAGCUUUUAUGAAGUACGUCCAUGAAUCGUGGCUGGACAGUGAGGGCGGGUAUCCAUCCACCGGCUUCAUGACGCUGAUUCUUGCCCUGCACAUAUGUGGCGACGUUGAUGUGUUUGGGUUUGGAGCUGACAAAGAUGGUAACUGGAGCCAUUACUUUGAGAAACUCUUAAACAAAUCCCAUAAAACUGGAGAACAUCCUGGAGCCUAUGAAUAUAAAGUGAUCAAGGAGCUGGCCAAGAAACAGAAAAUCCAGUUUUAUUCUGGAAAGUGAUUUAGUCUAAUUCCAAGGCUAAUUAUACACACACACACACACACACACACACACACACGCACACACACAGACACACAGACACACAGACACACACACACACACACACACACACACACACACACACACACACACACACACACACACACACACACACACACACACACACACACACACACACCUCUGUCCACCUGGAGACACAGUGUGUACAUGUGACCAUAUGGUUGUUGCAUUUCACACAGGUAAUAAUAAUAAGUGUGCUUUUUUGAUACACACUCAACAACAGCUUCACAAAUGCUGAGCAGUGACUGUGUGUCAGCUCCUACUGUAUGUAAUUCUAUUCUUUAAGGGACAUGGCAUUCUGCCAGCGUGUGGACUUUUUUUGGCAUUGCAUUGCUUAGAAUUAGCUCCAUAUUCAAGGUUAAUUUGAUAUAUAUAGUGAUGAUCGUUACAGAUUAUUACUGUAUGUUGUAGUCAUUACUUCAUAAUAUUUUAAACAGUCAUAUACGUACGUAUAUGUAUGUUUACUGUAUAACUCCAACCUUUAGUGUGAGCAACUACAGUAAGUGUUACACUGCCCUCCAGCUGCAACAUAGAGAAUUAUUCGCACAAAUAGGUCACAAUCUGUAUGUACUGUAUGACAUACGUAUUUAUGAAACAUCAAAAUUGCAAGUCAAAGGUUGAUGUAAAAUUCAUGACCAAACUACAGUAUAGAACUCAACAUUCUCCAUUAAUGGUAAAAGGCUCCUUACAGACAUGGUAAAGGUUGAGAGUCGCUGCAUAGACACCAGUUCUAAACACAUUGUGCCAUAUACAAUACUGUAUGUGAUGCCAUUCAUGCAGUAAUGGAAAUGCCUUCGUCUCCAGUGUGUGAGCAGAGGUUGCUCAUGAAGGAGGAGCAAAGCAGGUGACACAAGCGAACCGUUCAAGUCAGUCCAGGUCACCGCCUCUGCGCUGACGCCGGCUGUAGUUGGUCAGAAGCAGCAGUAGACCAGAGACUGAUAUUAGACUGACUCCUAUUAUGCUCAGCAACGCCGUGACUCAAGCAAGUCUUGACAUAACACAACGCACAAGGUGUCAUUUCAUUGUGUUUUACAUGUUGGGUUAAAUUGUUUAAAACAGCAUUUAAUAAAUUAACAGAUAAAAUAUACAUGUUUUUAUAUUGACUUGAUUGGUUGCACAAACCAUGUGACUAUGAACAAAUAAAAUUUAAGUUGUUUAGAUUAGAUUAGAUUAGAUUAUUGUUGGAGCUAAAACCUCUGUCACAAAUGGUGACUCUAAAUUGUUUCUCAGCAUUUCCUGUUUUAUUUUGUUAACUUCCUGUCUGUUCUUGCCUGUUCCUCAUUCUGUUCAGAAUUACAAAUAGUGCAUGUGAGCAUGUGAUUCACUACCUGCGUUCAAUUAGUCAUUAAGUCACUGCUAAUGAGCUCGGGUACUCACACUGAUUGUGUUGUGUUGUGUUCCUUCAUACAAGCGUUCUUGUUACCAGUAAGUGUUCUCCUGUAUUGACCUUUGUUCUUGUCCUCACUCUGCACAUGGAUUCUGCCAGGUUGUGUUUUGACCCUGAAGUGUUUUUUGACUAUUUUUGUUUGCCUGAACCCUGCCUGCUCUUCUGCCUGACCUACCGUGUACCAACCAUUGCCUGUUGAACUGUCUAUAAUUAAAAUCACUAAACAGAA